UAAGUUGAGUUUCCCUAUUCAGAUCAAUCAAAAAGAUAGAAGAAACAAAGUAACAGAUCAAUCAAAAAGAUAGAAGAAACAAAGUAAAGUUUCGAUGAUUUUGCUGUGGGUCCUAGCGUUUGUGUCUCUGGUUUUGUUGGUGGCGAAGAAGAAGAGGAUUGGGCAGAGAAGGGUCCCACCGGGGACGUUGGGAGUUCCGAUAAUCGGGCAAAGUCUGGAGCUUCUGAAGGCGAUGCGAGCUGAUAAAAGCGAGGAGUGGUUCCAAGAAAGGGCCCGAAAAUAUGGCCCGGUUUCGAAGAUGAACAUAUUCGGAAAGCGGACGGUAUUUGUAACGGGCCAAGCAUAUAACAAAUUCAUAUUCAGCAGCGACGAGCAGACGCUCUCCAACAAGCAGCCACCGUCGGUGCGGCGGCUGCUCGGCGAGAGGAAUUUGUUCGAGAUGAGCAGCCAAGAUCACCGGCGGUUGAGGGGAGCAAUCCUCUCCUUCUUGAAGCCAGAAGCCCUCAAGCAGUAUGUCGGAACGAUGGACCAUGAGAUCAGAUUGCACCUCACCCACCAUUGGCAUCACGAUCACGUUAUCUCGGUGAUGCCGUUGAUGAAGACACUGACGUUCAAUAUGAUUUGCACGCUUCUGUUUGGAAUAGAGAGAGGAGAGAGAAGACAAACCUUGGUGCGUCUCUUCCAACAAGUGAUGGACGGAAUGCUGGCUGUGCCGUUAAAUCUCCCCUUCACCCGCUUCAACAAAAGCAUACGGGCGAGGGCGGAAGCAGGGGCCAUCGUAAGGGCAUUGAUACGCGAGAAGAGACAGAAACUGGAGAGAGGAGAAGCUGAGCACGAUCUUAUCACCAGUUUAUUGAGCAUGUGCGAUGACACCGGCUCACCACUUUUAUCCGACCAGGAAAUCGAGGACAAUUGCUCGGUAGCGAUGAUCGCCGGCCACGACACAACCUCCACGCUUCUUACAUACCUGAUCAAACUCAUAGCUGAACACCCAAACGUUUACCAAGUUCUCCUCAAUGAGCACGAAGAGAUUGUGCGAGGGAAAAAGGGAGCGAGUGAUACUCUGACGUGGGAGGAUCUUGGUAAGAUGAAGUACACAUGGAGAGUUGCGACGGAGGCGUUGAGGAUGUAUCCGCCGGUAAUAUUCGGGUUUAGGCAAGUCCUUAAAGAUAUUGAGAUGGGAGGAUACAUUAUUCCCAAAGGAUGGCAAGUGUUUUGGGCUGGAUGCAUGACGCAGAUGGAUGGAUCAAUAUACCCGGAUCCGAACAAGUUCGACCCGUUGCGUUUCGAAGAUCAAGCAGCGAUGCCACCGCAUACUUUCGUGGCAUUUGGAGGAGGUUCGAGGAUGUGCCCAGGCUACGAAUUUGCAAGAAUGGAGACGUUAGCAAUGAUUCAUUAUUUGGUCACUCGCUUCACUUGGAAGCUCUGUUUGGAAGAGAAUACAGUAAGCAGAGAUCCCAUGCCAGUUUUCAAACAAGGCUUGCCCAUACACAUUCACAUCAACAACCCUUCAUUACACGAUGCAAUCAAAUUCUAAUUUCCACUUGUUUGGAGGAGCUCUGGUCUACACAGUCCGGCCAAAUAUUAAGUAUUCCUCUAUGAUAUUAUCACCGUUAUUCUGUACCAUAUAUUCAACUAUUUCUCGUUAGAGGGUGGAAUAGUAGUAAUAAAUAAUACUUGUACGUGACUCAACAUUACUCCCUCCAUCAUAACAUAGAUAUCACAAUUUCUUGA